GUUUCAGCACAGACAGACAGAACAGCUACUGGGAUCUUCACCUAACACCAUAACACAGCCUUCUUUAUCUACAGACUGCAUCAGCUCUUACUGAACAGAAAAAUGGAAUCUGGAAUGAUAUGCAGCGUGAGCCAGGCCUGGAGCCCCAAACUGCCCAAGGGAAUUGACUUAGAGAUUUCCCAACAUCCACUGAAAAUGCGCAGUGUGGUCAACCUCGUAAUUGCCAUCGAAAGGUUAAAGCAGAGUGCCUCAGAAUCAGUGCUGGACACCGAUUUCAAAGAUGAAAACCUGCUGAGCAUCAUGCUGGAUAGCAUUGUGGAAGAGACACUUGUUUUGGAGAGAGGUUCGGCUCCACCACCUCAGUUCAACAGAACUCUCGAGUACCCUUGCAGUGUCACUGACCACCAGCAGAGAAGCUUGGUUCUGGUCCAAAACAGCAUGGAGCUCCACGCUGUGAUGCUGCAGGGAGGCAGUGACAGCCGCAAAGUUCACCUGAACAUGUCUACAUAUGUGAACCCAGCAUCCAGCAUUGAGGCCAGGCCUGUGGCUCUGGGCAUUAAGGGCACAAACCUCUACAUGUCCUGCCACAAGGAGGGUGAAGAACCAACCCUGCAUUUAGAGACUGUGGAGACCAAAGACAAUCUGGCAAAUAUCAGCACCGAAAGUGACAUGGUGCGAUUUAUCUUCUACAAACAAGACACUGGGCUGAACAUCAGCACCCUCAGAUCUGCUCGCUACCCAGAAUGGUACAUCAGCACUGCACAGCAAGACAACAAGCCAGUGCAAAUGUGCCAGGAGACCUCCAGCCGCCACCGGAUCUUCAACCUCCAGCGUCAGAGUUAGGCCCUUCCAUCAUCUCCUGAGGCAGUGAUUAUGCAUCUAGGGUUCACCUUUUGGCCAUCUUCAGAACAAAAUAUAUCUAUUAUAAGAAUGUGUAAUAUAAUACUAAUUAAUGUGUUUAUAUUCAAACAAUUAACAACAAACAGACUGUGUUUAAAAAAGCACUAUCGCUGUGUUUUCGAGAGACUUCUGCAAGUUUUACAGAGUGUACAUUUACUGUAUGUACUAAGUACAGAAAGUGAAAUGCUAAGUGUAUUGACAUUGUCAAGUUUCACCACAAGGUGUCACCAUUGUGCUGCCUAGUAAGCACACUGUGGCGUUAAUAUUGCUGAAUGAUGUAACAUACUGUUAGUGCUUUCAACUAUUUAUUGUAUUUAUUUCUAUUCAGUUCAUUUGUUUGUUUAUUUGCAAGUUGUCUUACCAACACGUAUUUAAUUAAAUUAAAGGCAAUGAAUCCUAAUAAAAAUUGGCUAAGUUUUG